GACAGUGAAGACAGUCCUCCCGGCUCAAAUGGGUCCCUGCUGUUCCAUCUCAGGACACACUCAGAUAUGCUAGACAGGGGACCCUUCUAUCAUGAACUGAAGUUCGAGAGCCACUUUUCUGGAGAGCUCAGUGAGUCUGGCAGGAACCCUAGAAGUUGAUAUAUAUAUAUAUAUAUAUAUGUAUAUAUAUAUAUAUAUAUAUAUAUAUAUAUAUAUAUAUAUAUUUCAGAGGAGGUUGUUUGAAUCAAAGGCUUGGAUCAAACUCUUCUGUUUAAUUUCCAAGGAAAGAGUCUCGGAAAAGGGCGGAGGAUGAGAACGGAGAGGCCAAAGAGGAAGAAAAACAAAGCAGCCGGAGAGCAUGUGCAUUUUUCAGCUGUGUCAACGCUCCUGUCAGCCUAUAACAUCCCCUGAUCCUGUCUCCGAAUUAACUAAGAAGCAAGAACAAGCAGAAGAAGAAGCCACCAUAACUAGAGGAAUGAUGCUGUGCUGCUGUGGGAGGCUGAGUGCAGCUGUAAGGCUGUGGAUCACUCUGUGGAUUAUCAGCCCCAGUCGUCUCUUCUACUCUGCACAUGCACAGACUAGGAUCCCCACAGAAACGGUUAAACUAUGGGCGGAUGCAUUCGGAGGAGAAAUGUUCUCUUUAGCAACAAAAUACUCAGGUUCCCACCUGCUACAAAAGAAAUACAAGGACGUCGAGUCAAUAAUAAAGAUCGAGGAGGUGGAUGGUUUGGAACUGGUGCGGAAAUUUGCUGAGGAAAUGGAGGAGAUGUUGGGUAGAAAAAUGAAGGCCGUAAAGAGGCUGGUCAAUGCCGCAGAGGAUGCUGACUUGUACCAUGAGUAUAAUGUGUCGUUAGAGUAUGAUUACUUCAACUCUGUGAAGGUCAAUGAGAGGGAUGACGAUGGUAACUACGUGGAACUGGGCAGCGAAUUUAUCCUGGAGUCCAACAAGCAUUUCAACAACCUGCCUGUCAACACCUCACUCAGCAACAUCCAGGUCCCCACUAAUGUCUACAACAAAGACCCAGGCAUUCUGAAUGGAGUGUACAUGUCAGAGGCUCUGAACCCCCUGUUUGUGGAGAACUUCGAGAGGGACCCCACCCUUACCUGGCAGUACUUCGGCAGCUAUACAGGAUUCUUCAGGCUCUACCCAGGUAUUAAGUGGCAGCCGGAUGAGAACGGUGUUAUUGCUUUCGACUGCAGGAACAGGAAUUGGUAUAUCCAGGCUGCCACGUCUCCGAAGGACAUUGUGAUUGUUGUCGAUAUCAGCGGCAGUAUGAAGGGUCUGAGGCUGAGCAUUGCCAAGCACACCAUCACCACCAUCCUGGACACACUGGGGGAGAACGACUUCGUCAACAUCAUCGCUUACAACGAUUAUGUCCAUUACGUUGAGCCUUGCUUCAAAGGGACGCUGGUACAGGCAGAUCUUGACAAUCGAGAGCAUUUCAAGCUGCUGGUGGAAGAGCUGCAUGCCAAGGGAAUGGGAACAGUGAAGAAGGCUCUGAAAGAGGCCUUCGGCAUCCUCAGUCAGUUUAACGUGACUGGCCAGGGAAGCCUGUGUAACCAGGCCAUCAUGCUCAUCACAGACGGGGCAGUAGAGGAUUACAAGCAGGUGUUUGAAGACUACAAUUGGCCCGACCGCAAGGUCCGUGUCUUUACUUACCUCAUUGGACGGGAAGUGACGUUUGCCGACAACGCGAAGUGGAUCGCCUGCAACAAUAAAGGCUACUACACUCAGAUCUCCACGCUGGCCGAUGUGCAGGAGAAUGUGAUGGAGUACCUGCAUGUGCUGAGCCGGCCCAUGGUCAUCAACCACGACCAUGACAUCAUCUGGACAGAGGCCUAUAUGGACAGCGCACUGCCUAAGUCCGACGAGGUAACCAUAAAAGGCAUUGGAAACAAUUUAAUGAGACAACACAUAUAUGGAUUUACAGUACAGCUCUUUGCCUCUCAAGCCCAGAGUCUGCUCCUCAUGACAACAGUUGCCAUGCCAGUCUUCAGUAAGAAGAACGAAACCCGUUCAGAGGGGAUUCUGCUGGGGGUGGUGGGGUCUGACGUCCCUCUAGGAGAGCUGCUGAAGCUGGCCCCCAGGUACAAGCUUGGAGUCCAUGGCUAUGCAUUUCUGAACACAAACAAUGGUUACAUUCUCUCACACCCUGAUCUGCGACCUCUGUACAAAGAAGGGAAGAAACUGAAGCCCAAGCCAAACUACAACAGUGUGGACCUGGCUGAGGUGGAGUGGGAGGACACUGAUGAAGUUCUGAGGACAGCAAUGGUGAAUGGAGAGACGGGGGCUUUCUCCAACGAUGUGAGGAUGCCAAUGGAGAAAGGCAGAAGAGUACUGUUCCUGACCAAUGAUUAUUUCUAUACAGUUAUCAAGGAGACCCCAUUCAGCCUGGGUGUCGUUCUCACCAGGGGGCACGGGGAAUACAUCUUCAUUGGGAACAUCUCUGUGGAAGAAGGCCUACAUGACUUGCAGCAACCAGACCUGACUUUACCUGACGAGUGGAUUUACUGUGUGACGGAUAUUGACCCUCACCAUCGCAAACUCUCCCAGCUUCAGGCUGUCAUCCGCUACCUUACAGGAGAGGAGCCUGAUCUGGAAUGUGAUGAGGAGCUGGUACAGGAAGUGCUGUUUGAUGCUGUGGUUACCGCCCCUCUGGAAGCCUAUUGGACAGCUUUGGUUCUCAAUUCUUCCAACUCAGCGGACGGUGUUGAGGUGGCUUUCCUGGGCACUCGAGCUGGGCUGGUCCGAUUCAGCCUGUUUGUCGGCUCUGAGAAGCGUGUGAAUAAGAAGUUCCUGACGAAGGCAGACAAGGACAGCAUCUUCACCAUGGAUCACUUCCCUUUGUGGUACCGGCGCGCGGCUGAGCACCCGCCAGGCAGCUUCAUCUACUACACCCCCUACAAGGAGGGGCGAGAGCGGAGGUCCAGUAGCGUGAUCGCCAGCACAGUGGUGUCAGUCACGGUCAACAAAAAGAUGGCCAUCGCUGCAGCUGUAGGGAUUCAGCUCAGGCUGGAGUUGCUGGAGAAGAAGUUCUGGACAGCCACGAGACAGCCCAACGACACCGAUUGCAGCACAAUAGAUGGAAUGUGCCCUAUCAGUUGUGAUGACGAUAAUCUGAACUGCUAUCUUAUUGACAACAACGGCUUCAUCCUGGUCUCCAAGGACAAAAAAGAGGCAGCUAAGUUCCUUGGGGAGGUGGAUGGCUCAGUGAUGCAGCAGCUCCUCAAUACAGGGAUGUUCAAACAAGUGAUGCUAUACGAUUACCAGGCGAUGUGUAAGAUAGGCUACCAUCACCACAGCGGAGCCAGACCCCUGCUCAGCCCUUUCUAUGGUCUGCUGAUGGCUCUCAAGUGGUUCCUCAGCAAUGUCUUCCUGUUUCUGAUGGAGUUUAAUUUCUGUGGGUUUUGGCAUUCAGACAGCAUCGUGGAUGCCAAGUCUGUCUUCCACGCAUCUCACAAGCACAAGAAACAGGACAUGCUGCAGCCGUGUGACACGGAGUAUCCAGCCUUCGUGUACGAGCCUUCCGUCAAAGAGACCAACAGCCUGAUCGAGUGCGGGACCUGCCAAAAGAUGUUCGUGGUACAGCAGAUCACUAACAGUAACCUGCUGCUGCUGGUGACUCAAGCCGACUGUGACUGCAGCUUCUACCCCCUAAUCACGCUUGAACCACAUGAAGUGAAAUAUAUCCUUUUAUUUGACAUGGAAAUUAUUUAAACUGAGAUUCACGUGUGUUAUGUGCCAGGCCUAUUGUAUUGCAGCAAUAUUUUUGUAUUAAAUUGAACUAGUAUAUUGACAUACUUUUAAAUGGACAAAUAAUAUUAUUCAAAUAAUAAUAAAUAGUGAUACAGUGUAUCAUAAUAUCAUGAUUUGAUAAUAUCGCUACUCACUGUCAGACCAUUUUGACUUUAAAUUAUGCAAUGCCAUGCUAAUAUCAUUUUUAUACAGAAUAAUAGAUGGACUGCUGGUUCUAAUUAAAUCUAUUUAAAGGUACGGAAUACUAAAAAAAAACUAAACUUCAAAUGACAAACGUUCCGACUAGAACUCUUUUACAAAGGCUUUAAAUUACAUUUAAAGGUAUGCACAUUCUGGGGUCCCCAAGUGUCUCCCCUAGUAAAAGCACAGCCACGUGGUGUGCAGGGUGAGCCAUACAGUCAGAGAAGAGCAGGUUCGCGUCCCGCUGUGUGAAGUGGGCGGUCUUCUCUGGGGAUUCUAGAGGGAGUGUUGUAUGGGCUCUGGCGCUCCUGCGGGUUAGGGAGGCAUAACCAGCACAGGCUGUUUCUCCUCAUCGCACUACAGUGGACCCUGCUGGCCAGGCGCCCAGUGAGUUAAAAGCGGACACCUGCAGGCAUGGCCUUUGUCCUCCUGAGGCCGGUAGCUUGCUGACAUCCGCUCUCAUGUUCCUGGGCGUGAAAGAGGAAGCUGGUUUGGUCGUGGGAUCAGAGGAUGCCCACUGAACAUUCAGUUCUCCUGAGCUUCUGUGGGGAGUUGCUGCAGCUAGGGGUACAAAUAAUUGCACAUUUUAAAUUGGGGUGAAAAUUAGGGGUAAAAUAAUUGGGCUUUCUAAAUAAAUAAAAAAGGCAUAAACAUGAUGUUCCAUUGUAUCUAUAAAUUAAUCAACUAACAUAUUAUGAUGGGAGCUAAACUAUUGAGUAAUGGUAGGGGAAAGAAAUGUUUAAUUUGAACUCAGGGUUACAUGUGUGGAUUGAACUCUGAAUCUGUAACAGCAGACCCUGUGUCCAGACUGUUUGCAUCCUGAACCCCGCGGCACAUAACGCCUCAGUGAAGUGUGACAGGAUGCG